ACAAGACAACUAGCGCCACUCUGCUACGGAGCCGCCGUAGCCACACUCUGCCCGUAACCAUAGCCGUAACUCUAUGGUCACCGAACACCUACAGAAUUUCUUUGGUUCUGUCCCUAGAUGCGAAACGGAACAGUCGUGGUCGCUGCUUGAGAAAAGUUUACCGAUCGCUUGGCGAUUUAUCGGGUGGCGCCUGCUAUGGUGUCAUUCCACUGCGUUGGUAGCAAGGUUAAACAAAGACAUUCAAGCCGGUUGUGUCCGAUAAACUGUGCUUGCCACUGUUUCUCAAGAUGUCUGACGCUGUGUGUGGCUCUAGCGACCACCAAGCAUCGGGUCUAUGCAGCGAUAUUGCUGUGCGAAAACGGCGCCAGCCUCGUAAGGACUAUGCCGCCCUCUCAAAUCCUCAGCUCGACGGUGAUACUGACGAAGCUACAUCCGACGAUAACAGGUUAGAUGACACUGACUUUUCGGACUUGGACGAGAACUCGGACCGCAAAGGUAAUUCCGCUCGGAUCUGCCAUCGAAGUUCCUGCAUCUUCACCUGCGUCAUCUGCUUCGCCGGUGCGUAUGACAAGCGCUCCCACCUGGAUCACCUGGCUGCGGCGCAUCCGAAUAUGAAGACUCACUGUCUCGCGUGCGAGUCUCAAUACGACAACUACCCGGACUACACGCAGCACCUCCGCGACUGCCACCCGCGGCUAUUGCAGUCCAUCGAUAAAGCAGAAGGCGGCGGCACCAAGAGCAGUCUCUACUGCCUCGAGUGCGGCAAGGGGUUCGACAAGAGGUCUUACCUUUACCAGCACCGGGCGCAACAUUUCAUGCUGAAUCGCAUUCCUUGUGAUGUGUGCGGCAAGUCGUUCCUGGAAGGAGCCAUGAUGGAGCGGCACUUGGAGACGCACAGAGAGGCGACACACAAAUGUUCACGCUGCCUGCGCACGUUUCGGAGCGCGGUCGGCUUGGCCAGGCAUGAGCGAGCGCACCAGCGCCACAAGCAGUUCUGCUCGGUUUGUGGCACCUUCUACCAGACAGCGAUUGCACUGGAGGUCCACAUAUGCACCUGGCACCGAGACCGGGAAGACCGGCAUUGCUGCUCCCUGUGCCAGAAGGAGUACAGCAAUCCAGACUGUCUGCGCCAGCACAUGACGCAUAAGCAUGGCAGCAAGAUGGGUGGCGAGCCGUCAUUCUCUUGCCACAUCUGUGACCGCCGCUUUAGGUGGAAGUCAAGCCUGAAGAUGCAUGCUAAGCUUCACGAAGCAAUGGACAGCAAUGCCAAUGUCAAGGUGUUCAAGUGCAGAAUGUGCGGACAGAUAUGUCCCAGCCAGUGCUCUCUCAAGGCUCACAUGAUCAAACACAGUGAUCGUAGGCAGUUCCCCUGUGAGAUUUGCGGUAUAGCGUUCAAACGCAAAUAUGCCCUUAAGGAGCACUGUCAAGCAGUGCACUGUAGUGAGAAGAACUUUCAGUGCAGCACCUGUGGUCAGACCUUUGUUGUGAAGCGCUACCUGGACGCACACUUCAAGCAGGCACACAUACCUGGCCCGCAGUCAUUUACAUGCAGAUGGGCAUGUUUUCCAGGAGUGCGGAUUUUUGGGCUAGUUGGUUUGUUUAGAUAUGUGGACGACUACCUCAUGUAUGAUUUCAAUUCAAAUAACAAUGGAACAGUCAAUGGCGUGGUUGCUGUGUUCAAUGAAUGUCUUGACAAUCUGGUUAUUAUACAUGAGCUACCCAACAAUAAUGCUAUCCAGUUUUUAGAUAUCAAACUAAAUCUGACCGCCAGUUAUUGCCGUUGGGAAUAUCACCCUAGGGAAACAAAGAUGCUGCUUCCGCGUGCCUCGUCACAUUUGAAGCUGGUGAAGCAAGCAACCGCAAACAUGUUUUGUCAAUGCGCUUCGCAAAUCAUGCUGGGAGUUUUUUAGACAGAAAAAGUGGCUACUGGAAGCAGGCUGGCCCUAUCCACAUACUUUUAUCAGUAACGGAAAAUGCACUGAAAAAAUUAAGGGAACUGGGUGGUAAGUGCAAGCGCAACCAGGAAAGGAGAAAGAAGGUGGUUGUACUGUACAUGCAUACAAUGGUUUAAAGAAAGUGUCCCGAAAAGUGGAAGUGGACAUCAUAUUUUCAGCUCCACAAAGGCUAUCAAGCAUAUGUAAGAAAGAUGCGCCGAGGAUGUGCGAAGAACCAUCGGCCGCUGUUUGUGCACUACGCACAAGGUGUUGUAUAUUGCUUCCCUUUCUUGUGCGACAAAGUGUACAUAGGGCAGACAGGCAGAUGGUUCAAUGGCAGAUUAAGGGAACACAAGCAAAAAUUCUACUGUUAUCGAGAUUGACAUGUUUCCGUGUAUUGUGAUUAUUGCAGUUGUAAACCACUCUUUAAGGAUUGUUUAGUCGCAUUUAGUAAUACAGAUAAAUAUAUGCAGGAAAUUGUAGAAGCAAGCUUGAUUGCAAAAGAAGGUGCUAACUGCCUCAGCGCUUCAUCGAUUACUCUAAGCAGAAAGGAAACUGCCUAUCUGGAAAAUGUUGGGUUACGCAUGCGAUGAUUUCCACUCGUUUGGCCGGUAUAAGUACCACGCUUUUCUGAAAUAAAAUUCGGUUGAUAGUGCACAUCCUGUCGUCUUUCUUGUCUGUGUCAAUCCAGCGCUACGACUUCAAUUGAGGGACAUGUUUUGUUUCACUUGAAGUGUGUCACUCGCUGUUAGUGUCAAUAAUGAGAAGUAGGAUAGGAAUUCUUAAUGUUACAAAAAUAUCUUUGUGAAUAAGUGCUCCUGCUGAAAUGGCUUUACUCAUAAGUAUAGCAUCGUGCAGCACC